AUGUCUACGCUCUCCGGCAGUUAUAAUCUGCUGUACUGCGGUCGUCCUCAUCACUCCGACUUUGGCUUAACAUCCCCAGAUGAAAUGGCGGCUCUCGAACGAUAUUACAAAGCCUAUGCGGGUUCCAUCAACAUAGACAUCGACGUGAUAGACUUGCCCCAAGUAGAUUACAUCAAACAACUCAAGGAUGCCCAGGACCGCGCAGCGACGAUCACUUUGAGCGAGUUAGAGAGAAAGGCAUCAACAGGCGAUGCGGAGGCGAUGAUUGAGUUAGCAUUAAGCUUAAAGCCAACUCCGGAGGACAGAGUGCUCGCAGCGACGGCGACUUGCUACAACGCUGAAUACUACUCGGCCGCAUUCGACGAAGAUCCUAGUACUAGCAAGCUCUGCCGUGCAGUCGAGUGUGCGGACUAUGCAGUCAUUUUGGGCUGUACCGCACCUCAUGUGCUGCACGUCGCCCAACUUUAUAAAAGGAUAUUAUCCAGGCCCGAUUUGGACGUGCUGCUCCCUCCCGAGGCACUGGCGGAUCUCAUCUCGCUACGAACGGAGUGGAAAGAUCUUUUCGAUCUAUAUGAUAGGAGGGAAAAGGACUGGAAACUGCACAAGAAAUACUGCAAGCCACGGGAGGAUUCCACAUCCGCUUCCAUCGAGAGCUCUACUGCAUUGUCGCCUUCGCCGCCUACGCCGGAAGAGCCCAAGAAGACUAAGAAGAACCGGAAGAACGUCGCCGACAAGGAGCGAAAGCACAGGGAACUGACGCUGAGUAUUGCGGAGAACCUGGAGAUCUCUUCGAGCCGUCUGAAUGCGAAUGAGAUGAAGGCGUUGCACGCGUUGUGGACCGACGAGAGAUAUGAGAUUCAUCAAACCGAGAUGUCUGGCUUUCUACGUGAACUUAACAUGGAAAGGGAGGAGGUUCCCGCCGACUUCGACUUCGGUGAUAUCGACUCUGUAGAAGAACUGAACACCCUCCUGCGAUACUGUCAAGUUUAUUCAUGCGCUGUCCCUAUCGAUAUAGAAGACACCGAUACACCCCCAAUGAACAUCCUCAAAUCCGUGCAGGAUGCUCAGAAGCGUAUUGCGAAGACGUCUCUGAGAGAGUUGGAAAGGAAGGCAGCGGCUGGCGAUUGGGAGAUGAUGACAGAACUGGGCUUGAGGAAGUAUGUUGGUCUUGGUACUCCGCCAGACGAGAAGGCUGCAAAUGUACUUUGGUCAAACGUCUUGAAGUCCGCCACGGCGGCUCCACGGAUCAAGCGUCUCACUCAAAAGGACAAAUCCAUUGCAGCUACGGCAGCUUGCUACAAUGCAAAUCACUACCUUGAACGUUUCGACAGAGAAGAAAUCCCACAUACUUCCGACAUCACCAACGCCGCUCUCUACGCUGAUUGUGCUGCGACUCUGGGGUGUACUGCGCCCUCGGUUCUACAUGUCGGACAACGAUAUAAGCAAAUCCUAUCCCAUGCUGACAAUAUCGUCGACCCCGAGGCGUUGCAGGAAUUCAAGUUCAUGGCGACGAGGGUGGAUAUGCUCUGGGGGAUGGUAGAGAGGAGGGAUAAGGUGAUGAAUGCGGCAAGGAGGAAGAGGGAGGCUAAGGAGAGGAGAAAACCGAAUGCGUAUCAAUGUGCGAACGACGGGUGCCCUGUGCGGGCUUCGUCGCAAAUGGGUCUGAAACAGUGCGCUGGCCCGUGCCCCGAAGAGUAUAAGCCGUCAUAUUGUAGUAAGGAGUGCCAACGGAAUGACUGGAAGAUUCACAAGACAGAAUGCAGGCCACGAGAGAAGACACCAGACAUUUCACCCCCACCAGAUAACCAGAACGGCAGUGUGCUCCAGGACGAUGACGACGACAGUGCUGCAGAGCUCGACGCGCUCAGCAGCAAGACGAAAAAGAAUCGGAAGAAGAGUCUGCAGAAGAAACUAAAGAAGAAGGAGCUAAAGUUGAGGAUGACGGGAUCGGGAAUAAUCGAUGAUAUGGAGGUCACCUCGCACACCAUGGGCGUGGAAGAGAUGAAGGAGUUUCACGCAGCCGUAGCUGAAAGGGAGGCUUGGGAGGCGCGUCAAGAAAAUGCGGGCACCACAAGACAAGUCGACAUCGUCGCGAGAAUGGCUUCUCUCAAGCGAUCGUGUCACCUCAAGGAUCUCGAGGGGAAGCAAAUGUCGCUUAUAUUCGGUGGGUUGUACGACCUUGUAAAGAGUGACGUAGUGUUCGCUCUGCCUGGGGAGAAUGUUGGGCGAACCUGCGUCGAGAAACCUUCUCUGUGA